CAUUUCUUUUCGGACCUUUCUCAAAAUUAAGUAGAAUUUUUUUAGGAAUGCAUAACUGUAAAUUUCAAGUUUUGACGAAGUGCAUAGCUCGCAACCUCGACAAUGCUUUUCACUUCCUGAAAAUUCUGCCCGCAUGCUGUUAUUCUGGCCGAGGUAAUGCUUGUGUUGGGAGAAUAGCCGUGUCUAUGAUGCUGCGGAACGGUUAUUCACAGGACUAUCGUUGUAUCCUUUUCAGUCGGCGCAGCGAUAACGAAAAAUUGCUAGCUUUCAAGAACAGAAUGACCAGCUGUGCGGAUGUUGCCAGGAAGUACGAUUACCUCAUGGACUUGAUGAAGGAGAAUAUCAACUUGUAUUAUCGCUACCUCUGCGACAAUACAGCUGAGGUGUUGACCGUAGUGAAUGCGGUGGACAGCGCGCUCGAUAAUAUCAGUAAUCUGGGAUUGAGUGUUACCAAGAGUCCGAAUAUGCAACGACUUGUGCACGUAACUCGAAGUUUGGAUUUCGAUCGUACUGUGAACCAUAUAAGACAAUAUAUAGAUGCCGAGAACAAGAAGAAAGCUCAAACACGCUUUGGCUUUGCCUUGAAGAAGAAACAAAAGGAGCAGAAAACGGGGAAACAGAAGGACAGGCAGAAGGAGAGGCUCAAGGAGAAGGAUAAGCAUGAGAAGCCUGUGCGUGUAAAACUCCCACGUCGUUUGAAGAAAAACGUAAUGAAAACACCGAAGCGAAAAUAUGUAAUUUAUCUAAAAAGAUAUAGGUGAAGCCAAUUGGUGAAAAGUAUGCCAACUGAAUAAUUCAUAACAACUGCAAUUACAAAUUGAAAACAACCAAUUCGAUGUAAUAGCUAAAAAUAUGAUAAGUAUACAUAUAUGUAGUAUGUAUUAUUAACUAGCAAUCAUCGGAUAUUAUCGAAUUAUUGCAUCUGGAUUACCUAUUGGACUACUGGAGUGGGAUUUACUUUGUUGGUCACUGAAAUUUUUAAUUUGUAAUUUUAUUUUUUAUUUAUUCAAGUCAAUUGAUCAUAUCGAUUCUUAGCGGCACUGCUCGACUGGUUGAUACCUCCGAGCUGUUUUAUAUACAU